GGAGUGUCAUGGACGAGACGUCUCAGCAGUACAAAGUAAUCGAUGUGGCUCCCCUGGUGCAAUCCCGAUACGCCAUUUUGUCUGGCUCCACGAGUCAGAAUCUGGCUUUGUCAUUGUGAUCGACAGACGGCAAGAUGGAUGGGGAGCGGUCAAAUCUAUUCUUGUUAAACUCUCAGCAUUCUUCCCUGUACAUAUUCAAGUGGUGUUUCUACUUCAGCCUAAGGGGUUCUUCCAAAGAGCAUUUGCUGACUUCAGAUCCAAGUUUGUUAAGGAGGAGUUGGAAUUUAAGGUGGUAUUGUGUGACACCCCCAAAGACAUGGAAGACUACAUUGAGCCGGCACAGCUCACUUCUGAUGUUGGUGGAGAGCUGGAGUUCGAUUCUAAUGAAUGGACUGAACACAGAUCUGCGGUUGAAAAGUUCUCCAAGAACACUGCUCAGAUCUCUACCAGUUUGUCUGCAGUGGUGAAGAAAAUGGAGGAGAGGGAAUUGCCAAAUGAUGUAACAGGGACGGAGGCCAUGCUGCGUGUAUGUCUGGCCGAGCGGAAGGAGCUGUUGGAGGACAUCGACAGUGCCUGUACCCACGGUGAAACCCUGCUGGGAUGUAUCAAGGGAGAGAAUACUAGCACACCUCUCACAAAGUUGUGUCAUGUCCUUGAGCUCGAGAGGUUAUUGGUUCAGCUGGAAGAAAGCCGCACAGGGUUUGGUGAGUUCUGGCAGCGGCAGGAGACCAAGCUACAGCAGUGUCUCACAGCGCGCAAGUUUGAGGAUGAGUUCAAGCUGAGCCAGUUCACUAUGGAGCGUCGGCUGGAGAAGAUGCAGGAACUGAUGACAGAGUUUGGUGACUCGGUGGCUCAUGUGCAGACCCUACAACAGGAUUUCGAAUCUCUAGAGGAAGAUUCUCAGAAAGACCUGGACCAGGCGGAGAGGAUGCGUUCUCGCGGUCAGCAGCUGAUGAUGGAAGAACACUACGCUGUGGACUCGAUCCGGCCCAAGUGCGUGGAGCUACAGCGCAUGUGCGAGCAGUACAAGGAGCUCCUACGUCAGAGGAGAGAGAUGUUGACCAAGUCACAUGACCUACAUGAUAGGCUCGAGAGGGCCAACAAAUGGUGCGGGUCCGGUGUGGACCUCCUGGCCGGGCAGAACAUUGACCGACUUCAGACGGCUUCCGGUGCCCAGGGGGCGCUGAAGGAGAUCGACAACUUCCUGCGAACGUCACGUGAUCUCAAGCUCAACAACCCGCGGGAGUUCCGCCAGCUGUUUGAGCCAAUCAUGACGGCGGAAAGCAGGGCCACUGUCCAGCAAACCCUGAAGAGAAUGGAGGAUGUGCAGACGAUGUGCGAGAAGAGGAAGGAAAGCCUGAGGCACAUCAUUGACCCCCGACCCCGGCCCGUGCAACAGGUCAAUCCAGAACCUGCUGCCUCCGGCCACUCCCAGCCAGCCAGACAACCCAGGGAACAAGCCAGCUCCAAGACACGGACGGACAGCGUAGACAGGGGUCAGUCAGCUGGGAAGACGACCAACGGGAACAAGAAACCCACAGUGUCAUUAGAGAAAAGUGUUAGGACAUGUCAUGAAUGAACUCAUUGAAACAGAAGAAGCUUAUGUGAAUGAACUCAAUCAAAUACUUCAGGGUUACUAUAGGAAAUUUGAGGAUCGCUCCAUGCAGAUGAUGAUCCCACCUGCUUUACUGGGACAGAAACAUGUGUUGUUUGGGAACCUGUCACAGAUCUACAGCUUCCACAAGGAUGUUUUCCUACAAGAACUCAAAAACUGCAGAGAUGCUCCUUUAAGAGUUGGCAAAUGCUUUGUGAACAGGAAAGAAGAGUUCCAGAUGUACAGUAUUUACUGUCAGAACAAGCCCAAGUCAGAGGCACUCCGAGUCAUGGUCGGAGAUAGCAACCCAUUCUUCAAGGAGUGUCAACACCAGCUGGGUCACAAGCUGCCCCUGGGAGCCUAUCUACUGAAGCCUGUACAGCGCAUCACCAAGUACCAAUUGCUUCUGAGAGAAAUGUUGAAGUGCACAGGAGAGAAUAUUGAGCUUGCUACAUCUCUGAAGGAAGCCCAGGAUACGAUGUUGUCAGUGCUGGCAUACCUCAAUGACAGCAUGCACCAGGUGGCUAUUAGUGGAUAUUCGGAAAACUUAGCUGAUCUAGGAAGGCUUCUGAUGCAUGGAUCUUUCCGUGUGUGGACGGAACAUAAACACGAGCGCAUCCGUGAUAUUCGUCUGCGAGCCAUGCAGCGUCAUGUGUUCCUGUACCAGAGAGCUUUGCUCCUAUGUAAAAAGAAGGACGAUCACCAUGGCAACAAUGACCAGCCAUCAUACAGCUUCAAGAACAAGUUACAGCUGUCCCAGGUGGGCCUGACUGAGAAAAUCAAAGGGGACAAGAAAAAGUUUGAGCUGUGGCUACGAGGUCGGGAGGAGGUCUACAUCAUCCAGGCCCCAGAUUUGCAAACCAAGGACGUUUGGGUGGGAGAGAUUAAAAGAGUUUUGAUGACGCAGUUUGACCAUCUGAAAGCCAAUAGGAAAACAGGUUCUCAGGUAACAGUCAGUGAUGUGGCAACGCCGACCCAAUUGUCCAGCGACUCUUCCGAUUACAGCCUGGACAACUGGCGUUCUGUGGACUCAGACAAACACUCGACGGUUCCUGUGGGUCUGGAGAUGUCCUCUCCCUUAGUGACCCCGACCUCGCCUCCGUACGGCUCCCACCAGGACGAGGACGAGGAGGAAUAUGAGGAGGACUUUGAGGGUGGCUGGUCAUCUGGCGAGUUUUCCAACACAGAUGACGAGGGUGCUGAGCAGUACAUACCAAAAAUUGAGCCAUCAUACAAGGAACACUUUGUCUCACUGGGAGACUACUAUGUUGUGGACCCCACAGAGCUGGGCCUGGCGGAGGGAGACGAGGUGGAGAUCAUGAGAGUGGGCACGAACGGUUGGUGGUACGCACGGCACCUACGCACUGAUCAGGAGGGAUGGGUACCCUCUACUUACCUGGAGCCCGUCUCUAGGGUCAAUUCCCUUUAUUCUAGCUCAGACUCGCUGAUUGUGAUGGGUGCUCGGGGCGAGAUGGCGCGGAGUCGAUCUGGGAGUCCGUACCUACGUAGCGCUAGCCCCGUCCCAGAGACCACAGUGUAGAGAGACAGAAGGAACCAGGUCAAAGGCUCAAGGCAGGACUAACCAGCCUCAGGGACACAGAUUGAGUCAGCUCCUUUAGGUUUCCUGGCUUCAUAGAAACUUGAUUUGUUAAUUGUUCCAGUUCGUUUUCAUAAAUGCCUUGGAAAUUGUCCAAGAUGGCCAUGCAAAGUCAGUGAGAGAAGUGGUUGUCUUAGACUGGUGGAUGUCGCGGACAGUGUCAAUGUAAUAUAAGAAAAUCACAACGGAAGAAGUGAAAAGUGGUUGUUUGUACAGGUUAUUGUCUUGGACAGAUGGCUGUUACAGUAGGCUCCACUGUAGUUCAUCAAUUGUAAGAAGAAAGUGCAAGAAAUAUGUUAUUCUCUUAUGAUGAGAUCUGAAGGUUUUAUACAUUUUUAAAGGAGUGGCACUUGUUUGUGUUGGUAGCAGGUGAAGUACAGCUGGAAGGAAUGCAAUCACUUGGAUGUUUAUAUUAAAGACUAAGAAAGACUGGCUUUACUUUCUUUUUAGCACUGGACAACAUCUGCCUUGUAAAGCUGGUGGGAGUCGGUAAACACUGGCUCAGUGAAACAACUAGAAAACGAAACAAAGCUGCAGUUGACCAUCGAAAUGGAAAACCUUGUCUCAUGACGUGCUUGUGGGGAGAGCUGUACAUUUGUUGGAAUAUUUCAUUUUCACCCACAAUGAGGCUGAUUUUGUACGCAAGCAAUAAUUGUACACUACAAGAUGGAUCACUAGGUUGAUUAACAAAGUAUCCUAAAAAAAAUGGAAGCAUAUUUUUGAAGACAUUGCCACUUGUGAUGAUUAGAACAUUUUUUUCAUUUCUCAAAUAGGCCUAUAUACAUUCUUUUUUAACAAUCCCAGCUCGUACUCAUUGUAUACAAUUCACUAAAAAUAGUUAUCAAACUGCUGUAAUAUUGUUAUCACCAUUUUCUUUUUUGGUAUCUCACAGCGACAAGUGAACCAUCUUGUAGUGUAUGAUCUUUGAUGCGAGUAAAUAAUCGAGUACAACUAGUCAGUCUGAGACUGUUCCAUCGCCUCUAAUCGCAGGUACCACAUGAUCCUUUUGUAUGCAGCUCACCAGAACAGCAUUUCUUAGGUGUUUGACUUACAGUUACAGACGCAAGGAAGACUUUGUCUUCGAGUCUUGCUGUCAAGGAAAAAAUUAUUUUAACAACGUUCAGUUAUGCACUUUGAAAAGCAGGAAUUGAGUGUAACUAUGUAAUUAUUCUUCAUUGAUGAAUGACAGAAAAUUAUAGUAACUGUACCAUAAAGCAGGUCAAUAUUCUCACUCAUCUUGAAGUGAUAGGAAGUUUUUCAACAUUUGUUUCUGUCGCCUUUGUGUGUGUUUUUCUUAUAUAUUCACAAACGAUACGCAUCAGCCGAGGCAAGUCCAGAGUGCAAUGAUAUGUUCUUUUAUUCAUUAAUUGUUCUCCAAACAUUUGUAUCUAACAAUUCAACUCACGUGUGAUAACAUUUUCUCAUUGUAGUGCAGAAGAGAAGAAAAAGUUUUGUGGUGUGAAUGUUUUGUUAUCAUGAAUUGCCAUAUGAUAUAUAUGUUUAUGCAUGGGUUGACAUCAAGCUCAUUCUAGUUUGAAGGUUUGUCAUUGUGUUUCAAACCUGUAUGAAAAUUAAUCUGAAAUGUAAGAGUGCCACCUAUUUAUUUCCCAAAAGUGUCAGUGUAAAAAUGUGGUUCCAGAGUUAAAAAGAUGAAGCAAUUUCCCUUGUCUAAACAUGUUUUUGGAGUGUGUCAAAAAUGCUUUUUGCUCCUUUUGCAUUAGAUAUACAGUGACUGUCAGCAAGUUGUGCUGAUUUUUUAUAUCUUUUUUCCUUUUGAUGCUGCUGCUUUGUAGAAAUCUCUUUCUGUGUCUUGUCCAGGGUCACAUAACUUUUAACAUUUGAAUUUAUAGGUAAUUUUGACUCUGUGCAUUUUCAAAAAGUUGAAGGUUACUUUAAUUUCUGAAAAAUGUUUCAAUAUCAGGGGGCUUUCUUCAAUGUGCCAAUGACUGUGAAUAUGAGAUGUUCACUAUAGCCUAGUUCUCUUUACUUGGUGGUAAAGCCUGUUCCCCUUUGUGCAGUGGAGUACCCCCACAGAAUAUAAUAACAGUUUGUUCCUCAAUGUCUGACUAUGAUGUAUGCUCAUGUUGAUGAUAAAAAAUAGAAAAAAAUAAGGAUUAGGGAGAAUUGUGGCUAUUGCUGUGGCCAAUAAGAUCAGUUCUGGUGGAGAUGAGUUUACCACAUUUUGAGUACAGUAUUUAAAAAAGCUCAAUUUUCACUUGUAUCAUAGUUAACUAUUUUUGUUGCUAAUAACUCGGAAAAGAUACCUUUCGUCGGUCAGCUGAUCAGAUGUAUCAAGCCCAAAACUUUGAAAAUGUUUUAUAUAUUGCAGUUUCUUAAUCUCUGAUAUUGUUUUCAUGUGCUCAAGAAAUAUGUUGUCUAAACUUAAAUUUAAAACGGUGUAAAACGC